UUCAAUGCAACAAUGGCGAUGGCUCUGGGCACGAUCGCUACAGGAGUAGAUUUUUUUCGAACCUUGCAGCCUACAAGCAGGAGUUAAUUAGCUAGCUCGCCAGACCAUAUACUGCAAAGGCAAAUUUCACCUCACCGGCCGGCUUUCUCCAUGCAAGCAGAGAUAUUCCUCACGUUGCUCGCCGUGCUGGCUUCGGCGUGUCCCGCAGCAGGGGCGGCAUGGCAACCAAGCGAAGCAUGCCAGCGCCGUUGCGGCGACGUGGACAUCCCGUACCCGUUCGGCAUCGGCCGGGACUGCUACCUCUACACGGGCGACAACGACAUCACCUUCGGCCUCACCUGCAACCUCACCGCCGAUGGCAUCUACAAGCCCUUCUGCUACGAGCAAGAGAUCCUGAGCGUCUCCGUGGCCCGGGGCAAGGCGCGGGUCCGCACGGACAUCCAGCCCUGGUGCUACAACGGCACGUCCCGGUCCAUGGACCCGCAGUUCGCGCCCUGGAUCGACUUCUCCGACUCCUCCUUCAUGCUCUCCGACGAGGAGAACCGGUUCACCGUCGUGGGCUGCAACUCGCUCGCCUACGUCAGCUCCAUGGAGGGCUCCCAGUUCACCAACGGCUACGAGUACAUGACCGGGUGCAUGGCCACGUGCCCGGGCGGCGGCCGGGUGGAGAACGGCUCCUGCUCCGGCAUGGGCUGCUGCCAGGCCGCCAUCCCCAGGGGCGUCAACACGUACCAGGAAAAAUUCAACACGUCCCGGGCGGCUGCCGGAUCAUCCAGCGGCCCCUGCAGCUACGCGGUGCUUGUCGAGGCCGCGGCGUUCGACUUCCGCACCGGCUACGUCGCGGCGGACGGCGGCGGCGGCUUUAUGGAGUCCACCGGCGGGACCGUGCCGCUGGUGCUCGACUGGGUUGUCGGGAAGGAGACGUGCCUGGAGGCGAAGCGGAACGCCUCGGCCUCCGCCUGCGUCAGCGGCAACAGUGCGUGCGUCGAUUCCAGAAACGGCCCCGGUUAUCUCUGCAACUGCUCGAUUGGGUACCGAGGCAACCCUUGCCUCCUUGACGGCUGCCGAGAUAUUAACGAGUGUGAGGACAGAAGUAUCGAGUACCCAUGCUCUGUUCCUGGUACCUGUGUUAACACCCCUGGAGGGUUCAGCUGCGCUUGCCCUGACAAGACAACAGGCAACGCUUAUACUGGCACAUGCGAGGCGAAGAAAUCUCUACUUGGAGUGCACGUUGCAAUGGGUGUUAGCGUUUCUGUAGUUGUCCUAGUAAUCAGCAUGGCAUGUGCUUGCAUAAUCCGCGAAAAGAGGAGCCUUGACACUGUAAAAAGGAAGUACUUCAAGCAGCACGGGGGUCUCCUGCUGUUCGAGGAAAUGAAGUCAAAACAGGGGAUAUCCUUCACCUUGUUCACUAGGGAAGAGCUAGAAGAGGCCACGAGCAAAUUCGACGAGCGGAAUGUGCUCGGAAAGGGAGGCAACGGCACCGUCUACAAGGGCACCCUGAAAGACGGCAGGACGGUCGCCAUAAAGAAGUGCAAGCUAACCAACGAGAGGCAGAAGAAGGAGUUCGGCAAGGAGAUGCUCAUCCUGUCCCAGAUCAACCACCGGAACAUCGUCAAGCUGUACGGCUGCUGCCUCGAGGUGGAAGUGCCCAUGCUCGUCUACGAGUUCAUCCCGAACGGCACCUUGUACCAGCUCGUCCAUGGCAGCGGCGGAUCCUUGCUCGUGCCCUUGGCGACUCGCGUCAAGAUCGCGCACGAGGCCGCCGAAGCGCUCGCGUACCUGCACUCCUGGGCCUCGCCCCCAAUCAUCCACGGCGACGUGAAAUCGCCCAACAUACUCAUCGACGAGAGCUACGCCGUGAAAGUUGCAGACUUUGGGGCUUCCACGCUGGCCCCGACGGACGAAGCUCAGCUCGUGACUUUCGUGCAGGGGACCUGCGGCUACCUCGACCCGGAGUACAUGCAGACCUGCAAACUGACGGACAGGAGCGACGUGUACAGCUUCGGCGUGGUUCUCCUGGAGCUGCUCACGCGUAGAAAGGCGCUGAAUCUUCAGGCGACCGAGGACGAGGACAAGACCCUGUCGUCGCAAUUCCUUCUUGCCGCGAGCGCGAACAGGCUCGAUGAGAUAGUGGACGCGCAGAUUGUAAGCCAGCAGAGUAUUGAGCUGAUUGAGCAGAUGGCGGAGCUAGCGAAGCAGUGCCUGCGGAUGGAUAGCGAGAAGAGGCCCUCGAUGCGAGAGGUUGCAGAGGAGCUCGGCAAGCUAAGGAAGGUUCUGCAGCAUCCAUGGGGUCAACAGAGUUCGGGGGAGCUUCAGGGGUUGCUAGCUCGGUCCCCAAACACGUACUCUGAGAUUGAACUUAGCAAUGCCUGUGUCAGCUACGACGAUUCUGCGUAUAUAGGAGUACAAUCUCCACGAUGAAAGCAUGUUUUUCGUUGUUCCCCGAGUUCUGCAAACAUUGUGCAAGAUGCCAUUUUCAUGCGCUUGUGUAUGCAUGUUUGUUUAGCGGCCAGACUAAAAAUAGGAUUCAUACUUUGGCGCGACAUGCAGGGAUGUAAAAUGAAAGCAUGCAAUUCGUGGUAGGAUAUUUUCCCUUUUAAAUUACAGUUUGAAGAUAGUUUGAA